AUGACGACUCACAAGGCACAAGGUCGAACACUCUCACGUGCUAUUAUCGACAUCCAAAGCUGCAGAGGAACAGAGGCUCCAUAUGUCAUGGCCUCUCGUGUUACCUCUCUGAAUGGAUUGCUCAUCCUUCGCCCAUUCAAUAUCAAUAAAAUCCGGAGUCGUCCAUCAGAAGACUCACGAAAGGAAGAACGGCGAUUGGAAUGUCUACAACUCCAAACC